GUAGCACCUAGUUGUUAGCCAGUCGUAUUGCAGGCAGACGCGCGCGCGGUACUGGCCGGCGGGAACCGGCGCGAGCGGGCCCAUUACUGGUGCGACUACCCAAACGGUCGACUUGACAAAAUGGCGCAAGUGACGCUGUGCAUUUUGGCGGUAAUUUGUAGCUUACUCCACCAAGGUCUGGCGAUAGUAUGCUACCAAUGCAAUAGCCACAAUGAUUCGCGCUGCUUACUGGAAAAGCUGCCGGAUUCUCUGCGGCUGCCGUGCAGUGGACCUAAGGAUACUAUGUGCAGGAAGAUCACACAGGUCGUCGAGUUUGAGAUGAACGGUAUGCCGCCAGACAGCCGAGUCAUCAGAGGCUGCGGCUGGGACGACACCAGUUAUAAGGGUCGUUGCUAUCAGCGGUCAGGUUUCGGUGGGAGACAGGAGGUAUGCUCUUGUUUGGAAGACGGCUGUAACUCAGCCUCUGUGCCAGUCGGAGCGACCGUUUUAAUGUUACUCACAUUCGCCUUGCUUAAGUUUUAAAACUUAUAAAUACCAAAAUCCUAGGAUAAUUGGAAUUGGAUCUGAAAAUAUUAUAUGAGUAAAUUGCAAAAGAUACGAAUGUUGGUGAAUGGUAAAUCCUUGGAUGAUGUAAUUAUCACUAAAACCUCUAUGUGUUCUAUUUAAAGUGCUAAAUAGUGAAUUAGCAUAUCAAGUACGUCAAAGAUAUUCUAAUAGGUUUAGCGGCAUUUUAAUUAUGUCUAACGAACCUUACCUCGAGUUGCUAGUUCAUGUAAAAUAAAUCAAAACGUUUAAUAGCUUUAUUGUUGUGUUUGUGAAAUGUGAGUAUAUUUAUUAAAAAAAGUUUUUAAUUA